GCGGGGAUCUGGGGCCGAAGGUUUUGUUGUGAGGGUCGGUUGUCAAGCAGCGGCCAAUCAGGGCAGGGGAUGGAGGCUAGUGGGGGUCUCGCCGGGAGCGGAGCCUCGGCCUCCGGAGCCACAGCUGCAGCCCAGUGUUGAGCGGUGAUGGCUCAACCCUGAUAUUCCAUGAUCCCAGAUCCCGACGGGCAUGCACAGGCUGCUGUAGCUCCUGUUGAUGAUUUAAAACCACAAAGGAGUGGGGGGCCAGGACACAAGGCAUUCCCUCUGCCUGGAUGUGUGGGAACUCCGUGCCAACUUGACUGGUGGAUCUGGGGGGGAUCCACCCCCACCCCGAGAGGAAAGCGUGUCUACUUGGUGGGCAGGGCUCCAGGUACUAGCCAGCUGAAGAAUGGCCACCCCUGUGGUCACCAAGACAGCCUGGAAGCUGCAGGAGAUUGUCGCCCACGCCAGCAAUGUGUCCUCACUGGUGCUGGGCAAAGGCUCUGGGCGGCUGCUGGCUACAGGCGGGGAUGACUGCCGCGUCAAUCUGUGGUCCAUCAACAAGCCCAACUGUAUCAUGAGCCUGACGGGCCACACGUCCCCAGUGGAGAGUGUCCGCCUCAACACCCCCGAGGAGCUCAUCGUGGCAGGCUCCCAGUCGGGCUCCAUCCGUGUCUGGGACCUGGAAGCUGCCAAAAUUCUUCGCACCCUUAUGGGACAUAAAGCCAACAUCUGCAGCCUGGACUUCCACCCAUACGGCGAGUUUGUAGCCUCUGGUUCCCAGGACACGAACAUCAAGCUCUGGGACAUCAGGAGGAAAGGCUGUGUCUUCCGGUACAGGGGACACAGCCAGGCUGUGAGGUGUCUCCGGUUCAGCCCCGACGGGAAGUGGCUGGCCUCGGCCGCAGACGACCACAUGGUGAAGCUCUGGGAUCUGACUGCCGGCAAGAUGAUGUCUGAGUUCACUGGCCACACAGGGCCUGUCAACGUGGUAGAGUUUCACCCCAAUGAGUACCUGCUGGCAUCUGGCAGCUCUGACAGGACGAUCCGCUUCUGGGAUCUGGAGAAAUUCCAGGUGGUGAGCUGCAUCGAAGGGGAGCCGGGGCCUGUCAGGAGUAUCCUCUUCAACCCUGACGGCUGCUGCCUGUACAGCGGCUGUCAGGACUCGCUGCGUGUUUACGGCUGGGAGCCCGAGCGCUGCUUCGACGUGGUCCUAGUCAACUGGGGCAAAGUGGCUGACCUGGCCAUCUGCAACGACCAGCUGAUAGGCGUGGCCUUCUCCCAGAGCAAUGUCUCCUCUUAUGUGGUGGACCUGACGCGGGUCACCAGGACAGGCACGGUGGCCCAAGACCCCGUGCAGGACAGCCGGCCCCUGGCGCAGCAGCCACCCAACCCCAGCGCCCCCCUUCGGCGCAUCUACGAGCGGCCGAGCACCACCUGCAGCAAGCCUCAGAGGGUGAAGCAGAACUCAGAGAGCGAGCGCCGCAGUCCCAGCAGCGAGGACGACCGGGACGAGCGGGAGUCUCGGGCUGAGAUCCAGAAUGCUGAGGACUACAACGAGAUCUUCCAGCCCAAGAACAGCAUCAGUCGGACACCACCCCGCAGAAGUGAGCCCUUCCCUGCGCCCCUAGAGGACGACAUAGCCCCAGCAAAGGAGGCAGCAAAGCCCAGCCCCGCCAUGGACGUCCAGUCCCCAAUGCCAAACCUCGAGGUCCCGCCCCAGCCCCCUGUCGUCUCCUCCACACCUGCACCCAAGGCUGAACCUGCCAUCAUCCCUGCCACCCGGAACGAGCCCAUUGGGCUUAAGGCCUCCGACUUCCUGCCUGCUGUGAAGAUUCCCCAGCAGGCAGAGUUGGUCGACGAAGAUGCCAUGUCUCAGAUCCGCAAAGGCCAUGAUACCAUGUGCGUGGUGCUCACCAGCCGCCACAAGAACCUGGACACGGUGCGAGCCGUGUGGACCACAGGCGACAUCAAGACGUCGGUGGACUCCGCCGUGGCCAUUAAUGACCUGUCAGUGGUUGUGGACCUCCUCAACAUUGUCAACCAGAAAGCCUCCCUGUGGAAGCUGGACCUGUGCACCACGGUCCUACCGCAGAUCGAGAAGCUUCUGCAGAGCAAGUACGAGAGCUACGUCCAGACGGGCUGCACCUCCCUGAAGCUGAUCCUGCAGCGGUUUCUGCCCCUGAUCACGGACAUCCUGGCGGCUCCGCCCUCCGUGGGCGUGGACAUCAGUCGGGAGGAGAGGCUACACAAGUGCCGGCUCUGCUACAAGCAGCUCAAGAGCAUCAAUGGCCUUGUCAAGAGCAAGUCCGGCCUGAGUGGCCGCCACGGCAGUGCCUUCCGAGAGCUGCACCUGCUCAUGGCCAGUUUGGACUGAGGAUCCCCGUGGGUGGGGGUAUCCAGCAGCCCACGGGGCGUGGUCUCUGCUCCCGCCUGUCCCUCGUGCACUCACUGGCUCAUGAGCCUCUGCCCAGCCCCCACCGCUGCCCUGCAGCUGCCCGGGAGGAGGUGGCACCGGACCACUGGCCACCUCCACAGCCCCAGACUCUGGGACAACUCUCUCCAGUAACAGCUGCCCAGCUUUGCCCAGAUCUUGCUUCUUGGAGCAGUGAGCUGAGCCCCGGGGCUGUUGCUGUAAUUUAUAAGGCCAAUUUUAUUAAAUUUGUAACUAUU